GGGCGGCCUGCUGUGCAGACCCCGGGGCGGAGGGAGGGGCCGGGGCGCUCUGCACAUGCUCAGAGGCGUGCCGGCCCGUCCAGUUCCGUCCCGUCCAGCUGCGCCGCCGCUGGAGCGGAGCCUCGGCGCGCUCCCGUUCCGGAGAGAAGCUCCGCCCCGGCACAGCCGCGGCUUUGCGCGACCGGAGAGCGUCGUCGCCGGGCCCUGCCGAGGCGCCAGGGAGAGGGGCACCAGCCCGUCCUCGUCCGUUCUGGGCCAAGCGCUCCCCGUGACUGCAGCGGCCCUGAAGGAUGGGCACCAGGCCUCCUCUUGGUGACCCCUCGGGAAGAGGAUUCCUCGGAAAGCCCCCCAAGCAAAUGAAGCCCCACAUCACAUACCAGCAGCUGAAGACGCUGCACUCGCCUGCCGAGCCGCCACUGGCCGAGGAGCCGAGCCCGGCCACGGCCACAGCCAAGGACCUCCGCGGCGUCGCGGCGGCAGUCGCCCUGUGCACGGCCCCGGUGGCCGCCCUGCUGUGCCUCGCGCUCGUCCUGCCCUCUCGCGGUGCAGCUUCCGGAGGGACGGCGGCAGAGGCAGCCGCUCCACGCCCGGACGGCCCGUGCCGGGACCCGUGCAGGAUCGUCCUGGUGGAGAGCAUCCCGGAGGGGGUGACGUAUGGCGACAACGGGACCCUCAGCCCCUCCACCUUCGAGGCCUGGCUGAAGCUUCUGAGGGACGCGAGAAGCACCGUGGACAUUGCCUCGUUCUACUGGACCCUGAGAAACGAGGACACCCACACCCAAGACCCCUCGGCCGGCCAGGGGGAAGACGUCCUGGCUGAGCUGCUGAAGGUGGCCGGCCGAGGGAUCGCCCUGCGGAUCGCUGUCAACCCCCCCUCUUCCCACCAGCCCAGUGGCGACCUCCAGGUGCUGGAGGAGAGCGGAGCGCAGAUCCGCAAGGUCAACCUGCCUCGGCUCACCUCAGGGGUGCUGCACACCAAGUUCUGGAUCGUGGACCAGGCCCACGUCUACCUUGGGAGCGCCAACAUGGACUGGCGGGCCCUGACGCAGAGAGACGCCCCUGGAGCUGAGGCUGAACGGCACCGAGGCCGGCGCGUACUUCUCGAGCGCCCCCGCAGCCCUGUGCGCCGCCGGGCGGACGGAGGACCUGCAGGCCCUGCUGGGCGUCAUCGAUGCGGCCCAGCGCUCCGUCUGCGUCGCCGUGAUGAGCUACUUGCCCACCAUGGAGUUCUCGCACCCCAAGAGGUUCUGGCCGGUGAUCGACGACCACCUGCGCAGAGCGGUCUACGAGCGGGGUGUCCGCGUCCGGCUGCUGGUCGGCUGCUGGAAGCACUCCAAGGCCUGCAUGUUCCCGUUCCUGCGUUCCCUGGCCGCCAUGCAGGACAACCGCACCCGCUACAGUGUGGAAGUGCGGCUCUUUGUGGUCCCGGCAAACGAGACGCAGGCCAAGAUCCCCUACGCCAGGGUCAACCACAACAAGUACAUGGUGACAGACGAGGUGGCCUACAUUGGGACUUCCAACUGGUCUGGGGACUACUUCCUCCACACGGCCGGGUCUGCCCUGGUUGUGAACCAGAGCGGUGUGGCUGCGGGGGACCAGGCCACGGUCCGGCGGCAGCUGCAGGCCAUCUUCGACCGGGACUGGGACUCGAGAUACAGCCAGCCACUGCGCUCCCUGGACUGGAGCGAGGACCCCUGCGGGACCCAUUAAGCGAUCCCCUCCUCCCAUCCCGCACGGAACGGACCGCGGAGGUGCUGCUGUCGUGGUGGUUGGUGGGGGCCGCAGAUUUCGCAGGGUCUCCGGCCAACGGGGGCCCUUCAUGGAGCGAGCCGGGUGGCUUCCCAGGCUGACGCUUUGGCCUGUGAGAGGAGAACUUUUCUCAGCGAACUUUUGGAGAGGAAUGGAAGCACAAAAGCAGGGAACUCAUCUUCUGACUUGGGGUGGGGGGGGCAAUAGACUGCUGCCCAGCUGGCCUAUGCAAGGCGUGGGGAAUGCUGCGGAGAGACGCCCGGCACACGCCGGGUCAAACACGACACCACCAUGGAGGGGCAGAGUGCGCUCUGUUGUGCUGAGGGGGGAGGGCACCGGGGGCUGCUCCAGAUGUUGUUGGACUACAGCUCCCAUCAGCCCUAGCUAGUAGAGCCUGUGAUGAAAUUGGAAGUUCAAGCCAAGCAACGUCUGCAGAGCUGCAGGUUUCCUGCCCUGGUUUAGGUGUUAGAAAAAGGUUGUAAGGCAAAGCGCGAGACAAACUUAGCUGCCCAAAGAAUUGCAGGCGAGGGAUCCUGUUCCUGACUCCGUUUCCUGACUUUUUAACAAAAGUGCCAGGCUGCGUGUUGGUGGAGGGCUGGCGAAAUACGGAAUUUGGCACUGCUGGGGAGACGGAGGCAGCGCAGGAUGUGGGACGCGUCUCCCGGAUCUCGUGGGGGCUUCCUUCUGAAUGCGCCUCAGCGGAUGGUGCUGCAAGAGGGUCCCCCGAAAGCCGCACCAGAUGCAGCAGCAAACCCCCACAGAGGAUCUCACGGUGCCUUAAAGACUCAUCCAGUGGGUGCAGAAGCCACUUUGAUGCAGGGGAGAUUUCGGCUGGAAAGGAAGGCUGAUGCUUCCCCGCCUGCCCACGGCCCGUUCCCUGUGCCCUUGCGGUGAGCAGCCGGCCGGCGGAGGUCCUGAGAAGCGGGCGAAGCGGGCGGCGCAUCGG